GCUGUGGUGCUGAUAUACAUGUCAUCGUAAAAAUUGAAAGUGCCGACUCUAUACCAAACUUGCAUUCAAUUAUCACCGCAUCUGAUGGGGCUAUGGUUGCCAGAGGAGAUCUUGGUGCUGAGCUCCCUAUUGAAGAGGUUCCACUUUUGCAGGAAGAGAUUAUCAACUUGUGUCGUAGCAUGGGAAAGGCUGUUAUUGUGGCAACAAAUAUGCUAGAAAGCAUGAUUGUUCACCCAACUCCAACCAGAGCAGAGGUAUCAGAUAUAGCAAUAGCUGUUCGAGAAGGUUCCGAUGCUAUAAUGUUGUCGGGAGAAACAGCUCAUGGGAAGUUCCCACUAAAAGCUGUGAAAGUAAUGCAGACGGUAGCAUUGCGGACAGAAGCUACUAUACCAGGUGGUCAAAUGCCACCUAACAUUGGUCAAGUGUUCAAGAACCACAUGAGCGAGAUGUUUGCAUACCAUGCAACUAUGAUGUCUAAUACCCUUGGAACCUCAACUGUUGUCUUCACUAGAACGGGUUUCAUGGCUAUCCUACUGAGCCAUUAUCGUCCUUCUGGCUCCAUAUUUGCUUUUACAGAUGAGAAGAGGGUGCGGCAGAAGCUCGCUUUGUAUCAAGGAGUCUGUCCCACAUACAUGGAAUUCUGUGACGAUUCUGAAGCUACUUUCUCAAGAGCCUUGGAUUUGCUGCAGAAGCAAGGAAUGGUGAAGGAAGGAGAAGAAGUAGCACUUGUACAAAGUGGUAGGCAACCCAUAUGGAGGUUCCAAUCCACACACAAUAUCCAGGUUAGGAAAGUGUAAACCAAAAGAAUGGAGAGUGGCCACAAAUAAUGUUUCAAGACGCAGUAGUAGUACGUUUAGCUUCACAAGAGUCAAGAGCAUCAUCUUUUUAUUAUUGCCUUUUAGUGGGUUGCUGCCAGUAUUUGUUUCUUAGUUGCCUUGUUCCCAUCCUAUGUUUCAUAUUCUCUUCUGAAUGUUAUUGGUUUUAUUUAUUUCCUCUGUAAUUUUGUUUUGUUUCUAAAUGUUAUUGAAAUUUUGGUUUAGCAAUUGAAUCCAGAAAUACGCUUUCAGCAUCA